AUGAGGGCAUCGGAAAAAGGGGGUUGCAUUAAUACUGUUGGAAGUAUUAGUACUGCUGAGCAUGCUCGACGUAUGGCUAAGCGUUUGGGGAGACAACCAUUGAUGACUGAGCUGGUUAAGGAGACUCGGACAAAGAAAUCAGAAGGAUUUACUGACGAGCGCACAAAAAAAGCCCUGGAGGAUUAUCAGGCGUUGCUUGUAGAAUUUCUGACCCAUAAUCCUCAGUUGAAGUGCAAGGGCACUGGUGCUGGAACUAAACAAUCGAAGAGAGAUGCGAAGGAUCCUAACAAGCCUAAGAGGCCUCCAAGUGCUUUCUUCGUUUUCAUGUAUGUUUCCAUGUUGAAAAUCGUUCGAUCUACUUUGUUUUUGUUGAUAUCAGUUUAG